AUGGUGUUAAUUAUGCGGAAAAUUACGGUCGAUUUCCACGCUGGAGUUACACAUGUGCUUGUUCCUAGGAUGUUACACGUGAUGUGGCUAGUGGCGGCGUUGCUGGCCGCGUGCGCAGCGGUCGGUGGCGCGAUGUCGUGCAAUGAGGCACGCACGCGCUGUGCCUACCGCACCGGCUGCGGCGCCGCGCUUGGCAACUACAUGAUGAUGUGCGAAGAUGUGCUCUCUGAGCCCACUGCCUCGUCAACGUGUCCCAGGGAGUGUGGUAACGCUUUAAUUGCGUUGACGUCCACUGAAGAAGGGAAGGAGUUGAUGAAUUGUGAAUGUGAGGACGAGUAUUGCUUGGAGGCGAAGCAGCGCAUCGACAUCUGUCGACCACAGGUGAUGAAGGGAGCUGCCAACGCCACCUCCUCCUGCAGCCUGUCGCAGCUCAUCUGCCUGGCUGAUGCUCAGUGUGCCACUGCCUUGCAAUACUACCACAGGCUAUGCCGCUCCAUGUUCAGAGGCAGAAAGUGCUCAAACAAAUGCCUAAACUCCAUAGAAAUCCUAAGAAAGCAGGAGAAAGCCGCAGCGCUAACAGCGUGCCAAUGUGACGGCAAUGACUACGACUGCCCGAGAAUGCAGAACAACCUAGCGAGGCUAUGCUACCACAAGAUGAAGAACCACACAAAGAACCACAACAGUCACGGGGAGAAACAGAAAAAACUCCCCGUCGAAGAAGUGCCAGUGGUCAGUGCAGCGAAUUUAGUCCGAAUAUCCGGGCUCAUAGCGUUGAUAUCCGUAUGCAGUAACAGCUUCAUCACGUGAUACCAUCUCAACGGAAAUAACCAAUAGUUUAAAGUGUACAGUAACGGACAUAGUCAUAAGGACACUGCCAUAGAAGAGACUAUUCGAGUGAAGAAUUGUGUAGUGUGUUUAGAUAGACGUAAUAUUGGCUAAGUAGGCGUUAAAUUGAAGUACAAUAACCAUAGGUAGUGUAAAUAAUGUAAAAACAGUAUUAGUUAAGGUAAGACUAUCGUGAGGGAAUCAAGGGUAAUUAUGUAGAUUGUUGUUUAUAUUUUAACUAUUGUCUUAAUAUGAGAGUGGAUGUGUCGCCGCCCACGGGUUGCGCAGGCGUCGCUAUAAAUACGGCGGCGCCGGUGGUCCGGUGACAAAUGCUGGACUGUUCCCGAUGUAGCGCCGCACGUCGAUUGAUCUAACGACUGUUCCGGUAACACCAUCAUCCUCACAUAUUUACGUCAAAUAUAUUUUUCUAUCCCUCUCUUUGGCGUUUGGUGUAAGAGGGAUGGUGUGGGUGCAGUC